AUGGAGGAGAAUCAAGCUGCACACAAGCGACGACACAAUGAGGAAACUCAAUUGCAUGUUCCCGAGGGAAGUGCAUAUUAUGCACAUACCUCUGUAGACGUUACGACCAGGAGCCAUCCCACCAUCAAAACUACAUACUUUCAAAAUGCCAACACGUCUCCGGCUGUACCCACUAGUUCCUCGAUCACAAACCUUGGGAGUUCCGAGACUUUUGAUUUCACUUCUUAUUUCAAUGAUGAUCAACCAUACCUCGAUUAUCUUGCUGACACCAGCACAGAUACCACACCAGUGAAAGCCAAACGGCCACGCACACCGGCGGAUGACCCUCAAAAACAAUGGCUGCAGGAGCGUGAUAAUUUUCUCAAGGAAUUCAUUCGGCUAGAAGGGUGUGGAGAUGAUGCAUGGCACAUGCAUUGUCACGGGGAGCAGACAUGCGUAAACCAGCCGUCUAUUUGGUGUACUGAUUGUGAAGGAUUACAGUUGUACUGUCAGUCUUGUGUCAUCUCACUGCACCGCGCAGCGCCUUUGCACCGUGUUGAAAUUUGGACUGGGAAAUACUUCCAGCGCAGCAACUUAAGAGACUUAGGGCUACGUGUCCAACUCGGACAUCCAACUGGUGUCCGUUGCUGCAAUCCCUCUCCUGCUUUCCAGGACGACUUCGUCAUCCUUGACAUGACCGGUGUCCACAGUAUCAUGCUAGAUUUCUGCAACUGUGAGACAGCGCAAACGCACACUACCCAACUCCUGCGCACUCGCUGGUACCCAGCAACCGUCACAGAUCCCCGAACUGCUGCAACAUUCCGGGUCCUUGAUCACUUCCAAAUGUACACUUUUGAGUCGAAAGGAUCCGCGUUUGAAUAUUACCAAGCAUUGGCACGUCUAACGGAUAAUACUAGGAGUCAGCAAUUUCGACAUAUACUAUCUCUUAAACGUGCCGGGCGUGGCCAUGACCCUGAUGGCGCUCUCGGCACAACGGAAGGAGAACUCGCUGUACUGUGCCCGGUGGGAUACGAGCCUGUAGGGAUAUUACUCCCUACACCGGCUUGUCCGCAACCUGGAAAAAACUUGCCUUUGGGUUGGGAGACCAUUGAGGCCCAACACAAAUGGCUUUAUGCUUUAUUUCUGGCAAUGGACACUAACUUUCACUUAUGCCGCUGCAAUAAGUCCUCUGAGCAGGCAGACCCUAGCCUUAGCCAAGGCUGGGCUUAUUUCAUAGAACAAAGUGGAUUCAAAGAUGUUCUUGACACUUAUGCCAGCCAGAAAAGUUCUUGUGCCAGUCACAAUGCCAUUAAUCUUGCCGACACCAAGAAUUCACGGGGACUGGCUGCCACAGGCGUCGGCGCCAUCGUUUGUGCUCGUCAUAACCUCACAUGUCCGUCCUCAGUUGGAGAUCUCCAAAAAGGAGAAAGGUACGCAUCUCUGAUAUCUUUGAUGUCAUCUAAUCACACAGGACUUAGAUAUGUUCUCGUUCUCAAUAUCUCAUAUGAUAUUGCAUGUCAAUGGAGUAAGCAUUUGUGGGAGCGGAUGUCACGCUAUCCGUCCCAGAUCCAUUUUUCGGGCGACUCGAAAAUUUUAACAUUCCUCAUUCCCAAAUUUCAUCUGCCGGCGCAUAUUGCAGCAUGUCAAACUUCGUAUUCUCUUAACCUUAUCAAAGGCAUGGCACGGACUGACAGUGAAGCCAUUGAACGUGGAUGGUCAAACAUGAAUCCUAUCGCUACCAGCACACGUGAAAUGGGUCCAGGGUCAAGACACGACAUCUUGGAUGACCACUUCGGCGACUGGAAUUGGCGUAAAGUGUCCAACUUGGGUCCUUCACUGCUCAAAAAACUCAAGGAGGCAAUUCCAGAAUGUUAUCAGCAUGCUGUAGAUCUUCGGGACUUCGAGGAAGCUAUCCCGUCUUCGAGUCUUAGUGCCUGGCGGAAGUUGGUAGAAGAUUGGGAGGGUGAUCGUUCAAAGCCGAACCCGUUCGAGAUUAAAGUGUCAGUUGUCACCCAGGCAUCUGUCAGACUCGAGCUCUCUCAGCUUGAAGCCCAGCAGCUAAGACAAGGGAUUGAUGCCUCCCUCCACCCAGAUGUCUCCCCUAGCAUAUUAAUAGUUGUUGGGAUCGACCUAGAGGCUUUACAACAUCGACUCACAACGGACACUGCGAACAUUGGAAUCCAUGCCACUGAUAAUCAACUGUCUGCUAUGCAACAACGCAUCAAUGCACUGCGCCGUCGGAUUGAAAAGUGGAUCCAAAUCCAAAUGCUAUAUAUCCCCAGUGUUGCCAGACUUCGAGCAUACACCUCUGAUACUGAGGAUACCACCCUUGAGGAGCCUGUUCACGCCAUCAAACUGUGGAUGCCAUCUGCAGUGGUGAAAGCGGGGCAUUGGAAGUUACGCUGUGCCCAGGCGCAUGAUGGUCUCCAGGACCUCCGGCAACACCUACGACUCAAACACCAUCUCACUGGGUUCAAGAAGAACUGGUUAACUGGCCAACGAGCGCACACGAGAUCCCGUGCCGUCAUUGAUACUGUCCAGGCGAAAAUAGACGCUUAUUGCAUGGCAUGGAGGGCACUUGAUGACUUAGCCGAUGCACUCCUUUGCCUUGAUUUGGAAAUUGAAUUCCCAAAGCUCGAAGAUGAGCAUAUUCGUCGUAUGACUGAGGCACAGGCAGGAGGUUUGGUGUCAGAAGGUCGAAGAUUCGUAGCCGUGUCUUGGAUUUGGACGCAGCGCCAUGGAGCGGGUGAGGAAGAACUUUCUGAAGCAAUGCGCGUUGAGUGGUGCAAGGCACGAGCUUGUGCCAACAGGUGGGCAGAGGAGGUCGAACUUGUGCAGGAGGAGAUGCGACGUGUAUUAGCAUUCUUUGAGUGGAAUGCAGGUUGGUGGGAAGAACGCGCAACCUCCAGGAUAUAUGAUGGAGCAAUGGAGCACGAGGGAGCAGUUGCAUAUGCCUUGCGACAGGCUAAGAUCCGCCGGUCCAUGCGGAACGACUGUCUUUUCCUGUGGGAUGUGGUUCCCAGCCUUCUCUCUGUUCAAACCACUACAGAACGAGCACCUGUACCUGCCACGACUACUGCAUAG